AUGGCAGGCCUGAAUGAUGCGCCCAUCAUGCAAUCCUUGGCAGUUCCUGCUGUUUGUAUCUUGAUUGCGUUUCUGGGAUACUUUUCACAAUACUUGUUUCAGUAUUCCUCACUCAAACCCGGUCCACUCUCAGCCAGUGAAACCACCGUCUUCAAUAUUCUCCUAUUAUCCCUCUGGUUCACUUACUACAAGACUAUCACCGUGGAUCCUGGUCGAUAUGUUUUUACAGAUAAAGUGAUCGAGGCCGAAGGAAGUUGGUGCAAGAAAUGUUCAGCCCCAAAGCCUGCAAGAUCCCAUCAUUGUCAGCACUGUGGACGUUGCAUUCCUAAAAUGGAUCACCAUUGCCCUUGGACGGCAAACUGUGUCUCCAUGACUACAUUCCCUCAUUUUUUGCGGUUUCUAGUUUUCGCCAACACAUCCCUAUGGAUACUCGGUUACCUUCUCUGGCAACGAUUCUUUGCUCUAUGGGAAUCACGGCACUUGCCUGCAUAUCUAGGUCCGACCUUGCAAGCACUUAUAGGUUUGGCUCUCACCUCACUCAUAUGCCUCUUCACUUCACUUGCCUUGGCCAUAAUGCUUGUAACAACAAUGAAGAGCUGGCUGUUUAAUUGCACUAUGAUUGAGGGGUGGCAGAUUGAGCGCCACGACGCAGUUAUGGAACGGGGAGGCCAGGAUUGGUGGGAUAUCAAUGGGUCCGAUGGAAAGAAAAUCAGGGUUGAAAGGGUCGAGUUCCCUUAUGAUCUUGGUUUUUUUGCAAACAUGUCCCAGGCGAUGGGAUCCUCGAACUUUCUUCUCUGGUUUUUCCCUUUGUCCGGGAGCCCCAAAGUUGGCAAGGGUGGAACGGGCUACGGAUGGUCUUGGGAAGAAAAUGGAUUCAAUCGAAACGAAGGCAUGUGGCCGCCACCAGACCCAGAAAAAAUUCGCAGGGCAAACAGAGAGUGGCCUGCAGGUCGCAGAGACUUCAAAGCAGAACUGAGGAAUGCAGACACUACGGAAGAGCAAAAGCGUGCGUUCAAAGAACGCCAAUUACAGGAUAUGCAGAGGAGAAGCCAUUUAUUGGCAGAGUUAGAGGAAGUAGACGAUUAUGAUAUGCUGAAUGAAGACAGUGAUGGUAUUGGCUAUAGUUCUGAUCCAGAGGUUCAUUGGAGAAAUAACGAUGGUGAGAGGCUACAAGAUUACGGCGUUGAUGAGGAAACAGAAUUCGCACAAACAACUGAAGAUGACGAUGUUCCACUUGUCGAGCUCUUGCGUCGGCGAAAUAUUUUGCGCACUGAAUGUGCCGAUUGA